AUGGAAGGGAUAAACAAAACCGCAAAGAUACAGUUUUUCUUUCGUCCAUUCUCAACAGACCCUAAGAUACAGGUGGUGAUUUUUGUGGCCUUCUUGGUGAUGUACUUGACCAGCCUCAGCGGAAACGCUACAAUUGCCGUCGUUGUCCAAAUCAACCACUCCCUGCACACACCCAUGUAUUUUUUCCUGGCUAACUUGGCAGUUCUUGAAAUCUUCUAUACAUCUUCCAUUGCCCCACUUGCCUUGGCCAACCUUCUUUCCAUGGGCAAGACUCCUAUCUCCACCACCGGAUGUGCCACCCAAAUGUUUUUCUUUGUCUUUUUGGGUGGGGCUGAUUGCGUUCUCCUAGCAGUCAUGGCUUAUGACCGGUUUGUAGCCAUCUGUUACCCUCUGAGGUACACUCUUCUCAUGAGUUGGCCUUUGUGUGUGGAGUUGAUGGUUGGGUCCCUGGUGCUGGGCUUCCUACUGUCUCUGACCCUGACUGCUUUAAUCUUCCAUCUUCCUUUCUGUGACAACAAUGAGAUCUACCACUUCUACUGUGACAUGCCCGCCAUCAUGCGCCUGGCCUGUGCAGACACACACGUUCAUGAGACUGCCCUGUAUAUCAUCAGCUUCAUCGUCCUCAGUCUUCCCCUGUCACUCAUCUCCAUCUCCUACAUCUUCAUUGUGGCAGCCAUCUUGCAGAUCCGUACAGCACAAGGGCGCCAUCGAGCUUUCUCCACCUGCUCCUCCCACAUCUUGGUGGUCCUCCUGCAAUAUGGCUGCACCAGCUUUAUAUACCUGUCCCCCAGUUCCAGUUACUCUCCUGAGAGGGACCGGGUAGUGUCCGUGGUCUAUACUUUCAUCACCCCUAUUUUAAAUCCCUUGAUCUACAGUAUGAGAAACAAAGAACUAAAAGAAGCCCUGAGGAAGGCGCUGAGGAAGGACUAG